AUGCUGAGUACUCCUAAUGCUGCCACUGCUACUGCUGUCUCCAAACUCCACAGCGGGUGGUAUGCUUCCUGUUUCCUCUCACUCUCUCUGGGGUUUUCUGGGGUGGUCUUUGGCACCAUUGCAGACUGCUAUACCAGCCGCAGUCAGCUGGAGCAUCUGAAGUCCAAAUAUAUCCGCAUGGGCCAUGCCAACACCACCAAGGUUUGGUGGUGAGCAUAUUGCUCAUACAUGGGCCACUUCGACCUCCUCAACUACUUUGCCAUCUCCAAGAAAGAGAGCAAAGCACUGGUGCACUUCAAACUGAGGGAGAAGAUGUUGCAGCCAUUCCUGCCCCUGGCUGACAAGUGUGAGGAGAACUGA